GAUCUCGAAGGCCAUGCCUUAGUUCACUGCAAAAAAACCACAACACGUCAGGAUUGCCAUGUUUUGAAUUACUAGGUCAUGGUUUUGAUACUUUUUUUGCUUCUAGACAAGUGCGUAGCCAAGCCCUCUGCAGCCGUUUGUCAAGUCACUACAUGUCACUACGCAGCCGAUGGUACCGAUGGUCGCCGUGUGGUUUGUUGUGAUGCGUGUUGGUGACGCGUGGCUCCCUCAACAGCAACCAACCGCGCACGUGUAGCAGAAGUCAUCGAAACUUCAUAAUGUCGGCGCUGUUAAGAAACUUGCGGCUUGUCUGGUGGCCGCCGGCGAGAAUCACUGCGCAGAGGACUUUGUGCUCCAUACCUUCGAAGCUCCUUGGCGAAUACGACAUGACCAUGACCGUUGAAGCGCACGACUUGAGAGCCCUGUACCUGGAUGCCCAGGCGACGACACCGCUCGACCCGCGCGUUUUGGACGCUAUGUUGCCGUACUUGGUCAAUAACUACGGCAACCCACACUCGCGAACACACGCGUACGGUUGGGAGAGUGAGGCGGCCGUCGAAAAGGCGAGGAGCCAAGUCGCCGCUCUCAUCGGCGCGCAGCCCAAAGAGAUCAUAUUUACCAGCGGGGCCACUGAAUCCAACAACAUCAGUAUAAAAGGCGUAAGUCGGUUCUACGCCGAGAAAAAGAAGCACAUCGUCACGACGCAGACGGAGCACAAAUGCGUCCUCGACUCUUGCCGCGCCAUGGAGGCCGAGGGUUUCGACGUCACCUACCUGCCGGUGAACCGCAACGGCCUCAUAGACGUUCGGCAGCUCGAAGACGCCAUCCGACCGGACACGGCACUCGUUUCAGUGAUGAUGGUGAACAACGAGAUUGGUGUGACGCAGCCGAUCGCCGACAUCGGCGCCGUCUGCCGCAAGCACAAGGUCUUCUUCCACACGGACGCCGCGCAGGCCGUGGGCAAGAUUCGCGUCGACGUUAACGACAUGAUGGUUGACCUCAUGUCCAUCAGCGGCCACAAGAUAUACGGCCCGAAAGGCGUCGGCGCCCUCUACCUGCGCCGCAGGCCUCGCGUGCGCGUAGAGGCACUGCAGAGCGGCGGCGGCCAGGAACGUGGCAUCCGCAGCGGCACCGUGCCGACACCGCUUGCCGUCGGGCUGGGAGCCGCGUGCGAGGUCGCCAUCCGCGAGAUGGAGUACGACCACCGGCACGUGAGCCGGCUCUCAGACCUGCUGAUCGCACUCGUCACGAGCGAACUGACGCACGUGGUGCGCAACGGGGACCCGCAGCGCUCGUACCCGGGCUGCGUGAACCUAUCGUUCGCCUGCGUCGAAGGCGAGAGCCUGCUCAUGGCCAUGAAGGACGUGGCGCUGUCGUCCGGCUCGGCCUGCACUUCGGCGUCGUUGGAACCGUCGUACGUGCUGCGAGCCAUCGGCGCGGACGAGGACCUGGCCCACUCGUCGAUACGCUUCGGCCUGGGCCGCUUCACGUCCGAGGAAGAGGUGGUCUACACUGCGCGCAAGUGCGUGCAGGAGGUCAAGAAGCUACGCGAGAUGAGCCCGCUCUGGGAGAUGGUCCAGGAAGGCGUCGACCUCAAGUCGAUCCAAUGGACACAGCAUUGAGGCCGCUAUGGUUGUUUAGAGCAAGGUCAGAGCUUUGGAAGUAGCAAAAUUGAGUGGACACGGUUGGAGGACGUAGAAGUGUGCUAUGAUUACAAGUAGCAAAAUUGAGUGGACACGGUUGGAGGACGUAGAAGUGUGCUAUGAUUACAAGUGACAUCACUGACUGGUGUCACUUGAUGGCUGAUGCCUUGUGCCCUUCAAUUAGGCCUGUGUCAGUGGCAGUAUGCACGCACUCUGUGAUGUGGUCCCGAACUUCAUUUUGCUGCACAAAUUGUCCUUACUUAAGGAGCCGUGGUGACUUUGUUCAAGGUCUCCGUUAAGCAGUGUUUGCUGUUGCAUAGGCCUGUAAUGCUGCAUUUCAGUAUCAUGAAUUACAUGCGCUCUGACUUGACUGAGAGAAGUAGAUGCAGAGCAAAUAGUAAUGUAGGAACUGCGUGCUGCGCUAGGGAAUAAAAUGUGUAGUGCUUUUCCCACGUCAAAUCUUGUUUCACGAUUUGAAGCCACUCAUGUUGUCAACCUUACCAGAGAACUAUACGUUGAUCAUUUGCGUUUGGAACCACUGAAGUAUUCAAAGUAGCAGAAUGUCAUCCUAUAAAUAUAUCAGCAAAGAGAAAAAACCUGUCUGAAAUCAUUUUGUCAUUGUGAUUUAAUGCAUAGAAAGUGCACUUCGGUGAAGGACUAUUUACAUAGAAAUGUAAAGCUUCUGUCACUAGGGCAAGGAGCGAUAACUGUACCCGUAAGUGCUUGUCUCAAACCACUUAAUGUUCUGAAAAGGAGAAUUUCGUGCGGUCUUUGAAUGUAAGCUGCAUCUUGUAAUGUACAUAUUUCGCAAUGCUGUAGCUUACCCAUGAUAUGCUGUGAUGCUAGUCUUGUGUGUGCAUUUGACUAUAUUUUGGCAGGAUAGAAAGAGCUGUGAGUGAAUUCCCUUCUUUAUGUGCAGAUGUAGCUAAAUGUUUAUUUCUCAUUACACAUUCAUUAUGUGUUAAGCUAAUUAUUACACGGCGUGUAUGUGUUGGUAAUUGUAUGAGUUGAGCGCAGCAUGUUUGCACUGCAGUAUAAGGUAUGGAAUGGCUUUGAGGUCUCCACACGUGCAAGUUGUAAUGCGAAUAAUAAACAGUCCAGAUGCCUUCGGGUCCGGAGAUUGGAGUUA